GGUUCCGCCCCGCUGAGGUGGCGGCGGGAAGAUGGAGGCGGCGGUGCUGAGCGGGCCGGUGCUGCCGGCUGCCCUCGCCUUCCUCCUCAUCCUCCUGCUGUUGGCCACCGUGCUGCGCCGCCCCGCCUCGCUGAGCCCGCCCGCUACCCCCGCGGACGGUCCCAAGGCGAAUGGCCACGCCACUGCCAAGCCGGAGGAGCAGAGGAAGGCGAAGGUGCCGUCGCGGUCCCGACGGGACAAGCCGCAGCAGCACAACUUCAGCCACCGGCUGUUGGUCGCAGCCCUGAAGGGCCACACCGGCUCCGUCUCCUGCCUGGACUUCAGCAGCAGCGGCAAGUACCUGGCGUCGUGCGCCGAGGACCGGACGGUCCGGCUGUGGAGCACCCGGGACUUCGCGGGGCGGGAGCAUCGCUGCCUGCGGGCCAACGUGGGGCUGGACCGCGCCGAGCUGGUCCGCUUCAGCCCCGACUCACGGGCAUUCAUUGUUUGGCUGGCAAAUGGUGAGACUAUUCGUGUCUAUAAAAUGACUAAGAAGGAUGAUGGCAGCUUCACCUUCACUGCAGCAUCUGGGGACUUCCCAAAGAAGCACAAGGCUCCUGUCAUUAGCCUCGGAAUUGCAGAGACAGGGAAGUUUAUCAUGACAGCUUCCAGUGACACUACAAUCCUCAUCUGGAGCCCAAAGGGUGAAGUCCUGGCCAGCAUCAACACCAACCAGAUGAACAAUGCCUACGCUGCUGUGUCACCCUGUGGGAGGUUUGUGGCAUCCUGUGGCUUUACCCCUGAUGUGAAGGUGUGGGAGGUGUGUUUUGGCAAGAAUGGAGACUUCCGGGAGGUGGCCAGGGCUUUUGAGCUGAAAGGCCACACUGCUGGCAUACUCUGCUUCUCCUUCUCCAAUGACUCGAGGAGGAUGGCAACGGUUUCCAAGGACGGGACCUGGAAGUUUUGGGACACAGACGUGGAAUACAAGAAGCAGCAGGACCCCUACUUGCUGCUGACGGGGAGGUGUGCGGUGCCGGAGCCGUGCCGCAUCGCCCUGUCCCCCGACGCCCGCGUGGUCGCCGUGGCUGGCGGCACAGACGUGGUGGUGUUCAACACGCGGAGAGGCGAGGAGGAGGAGCGCUUCCUGGCCGUGCACGGGCAGCACAUCACGGACUUGGCUUUCGACGUCACUGGCCGCUACCUGGUGUCCUGCGGGGACCGGGCCAUCCGCGUCUUCCACAACACAGCGGGGCACCGCGCGGUGGUGGAGGAGAUGGAAGCCAUGCUGAAAAAAACUGGCAACAAAGCCACGCGGGAGAGGCUGGAGCAGCAGAUCUCCAGUGCACGUAAAGCCCUGGCUGCCAUCUACGGCAAGAAGCAAUAAACCUUUCCCUGUGGGAGAAUUUUGGGUUUGUUUUUUUUUAAUGCUGUUGAAAAAUUUUAAUAAAAGCACAGCUGGUCCCUUCUUUGUGUCCUGUGG